CAGAUACACAUGCCUUUAGAUGCUACUACCAGGCAGCCGAAGGGCCUCGCGUACGUCUCCUUCGCUCAACCAGCAAACGCGCUCCAAGCUUAUGAAGCUCUCGACCGCAAGUCCUUCCAAGGACGGCUGCUUCAUAUCCUCGCAGCCGUCGAUAGAAAGGGCAAGGUUGAAGUCGAGGACGGUGAUGGGCGGAAGAAGACGAUGAAGGAGGAGAAAAACCAGAAACGAAAAGCAAACGCUGGAAAGCAGUUCAACUGGAGUAUGCUGUAUAUGAAUAGUGAUGCUGUAGCGUCUUCCAUCGCGGACCGCAUGAACAUCAACAAAGCCGACAUCCUCAAUCCCGAGUCUGGUGACAACGCAGCUGUGAAACUCGCGUUGGCUGAGACGCACAUCAUUCAAGAAACCAAGACUUACCUCGAGUCACAAGGUGUUCUGUUAUCAUCCUUCGGCUCUCGCGCCCGGUCAGAUACCACCAUUCUCGUCAAGAACAUACCCUACGGCACGACGGUCGAGCAGAUCCGCGAAAUGUUCGAACCACAUGGCGAGCUGAGUAGGGUGCUCGUUCCUCCAGCUGGCACGAUGGCCGUGGUGGAUUUUGAGAAGCCAGACGAUGCUGCGCAGGCAUUCCGCGCUGUUGCAUAUCGGAGGUUGGGGAGCACAGUGGUAUAUUUGGAGAAAGGGCCUUUAGGGAUGUUCGCAGAAGGCUCUACGCCGGCUGCACCUAGCACGACGGGCCCGUCACACGCCGCUAUCAAGAUCGCUGAGCAGCAAAUCCCCGACCCUACUGCAGAGGGAGAAGAGGAGGAGCAAUCGAUUUCUGGUGGCACAACUCUCUAUCUCAAGAACAUCGCCUUCUCCACGACACAAGAACGCUUGACUCAAGUAUUCUGUCAUUUGCCCGCUUUCUCCUUUGCAAGGAUACAGACGAAACCCGAUCCCAAACGGCCUGGCAGUCGACUGAGUAUGGGAUAUGGCUUCGUUGGGUUCAAAGAUGCAGAGUCGGCCAGGAAGGCGUUGAAGAGCAUGCAGGGGUUCUCGUUGGAUGGGCAUGCUUUGCAUGUCAAGUUUGCAGGACGUGGUGCUGAUGAGGUGGAGAAGGAGGUCGUGAAAGGAUCGAAGAGUACGACAACCACCAAGAUGAUUGUGAAGAAUGUGCCGUUUGAGGCUACGAAGAAGGAUAUCAGGGAUCUCUUUGGUGCUCACGGACACCUGAAAUCCGUACGCCUCCCCAAGAAAUUCGACGCCCGCACACGCGGGUUCGCGUUCCUCGACUUUGUAUCCCGCCGCGAAGCCGAGAACGCAUAUGAUGCACUCAGGCACACCCAUUUGCUCGGCCGACAUUUGGUGUUGGAGUGGGCUGAGGAGGCAGAGCAGGAUCUGGACGUGCUGCGGAUGAAGGCGGGCGUUGGGUUUGGUGGUGGGAAGGAGAUGCCUGGGAGGAAACGCAAGUUGGAUUUGGGCAAGACUGGGGAGGAGGAUGUCGAGGAUUUGGAGGUCUGAAGAGGAUGUUGGAGUACGUCAAAAAUGUCGUGGUUAUGACUAGAACACGCAGAGGACGUUGUGAGGAAUUGUCUUAUCUGAUAUCACCCAUCUGUAAAUUGGUACGGAUAAAGUUACUUACCCAUGA